UUGGCUGCGGCUGUGUUUGUGUACGAAGAGGACGCUGUCUGCCUCGCUUGAGCAAGCAACCAUAGCAUAUGUCGUAAGUGCAAAUCGAUUUUUACUUACUCCUGAUUGAUUAUAAGUAGCUCACCAAGCUCGCAACAGGCACAUAGCUCGGAGCCACAACGUUUACAGGAAAAUAAUCGUCAAUAACAGCGCAAAAAUGUCAAGUUCUGAAGAAGGGAUUUACGUAUGUAUACAGGCAGACUCCACCAAACAGUUCCCUGCCGCCGUAACGAGUACUCAGCAAGUGCUGAUGAUGUUUAAGCUUAAAGGCGUCGAGCCUAAAGUGCUUCUCGUGCUUGAGGACGACAAGUCUAUCCUGAAGGAGAUCAGUCCAUCUGGGACACUCCCCGUUCUCUUCCGUAACGUGAAGGGCUCACGAGAAGUGUAUGAGGAGGUCGGUGCUAUCGAGGAUUUUAUCGAAAGUCUGCCUGGGCCAAGCCUCAAGGGGGGGAAAGGAUCGUUAAUGGCCAAGAUCCAAAACCUGAUGCUCCUGACCAAGUUCCGCUCAUUCCUAAACAGCAAUAAUACCAAAGCUGAGGAUACACUUAAGCUCCAUCUCGAGAUCUUGGACAAGCUUCUGGCGUCCAGGAAAACGAGGUUCGUGGAAAGUGACUCCUUGACAUUCGUGGAUUCAUAUCUUCUACCGAUACUGCUGGUCAUACGUGUCGCGGGCGCAAAGAAGGGGUUUCAGAUCCCGGCGACGCUGAAAAAUGUCCGACUUUACAUCGAGGAGGGCGAUAAAUCACAGGUUUUCCAGGAAACUAGGCCAACCGACAGCUCUAUUAUCGAUCACUGGUGCCGACGAUAAACUGGAAAAAUAGUAGAUUAGCUCUGUGGCUUUAUACGGUGGUCAAAUGUGGACAUGCCGAAUAUCUCGACAAACUUCUUCUCAGCCAGCUAGCUGGCUCUUGUUGAAAUGGGGGCCCUGUGGUUACCUUCGCUCGAGUGCACCAUGUUCGAGCUCCAGAAUCCCCCCCCCUCCCGCCCCCCAACGUCAAAUACAUAUACACAUACGUGAAUCUUGCAAAUAGCAGGUAAUGCAGUCAAUGCCCCCAUGCUAGAUAAUGUACAAGUUCCAAUGAGAGCUGCAUAUCAAUAUUUGGGUGACCUUCAAACCCGCUCGGUCAAUCUCUGGGAGGCCUGGGUCUAAGGGCUUUUCAAGAUUAGUGAGAUAAAAAUUUGACCAAGCUGUCAAGUUUUUUUGGACAAAUUCUUGCCACGAGUCUCAAAUUGACAGGAAUUAGCAUUUUUCACCAUAUUUUCUGGAGAUCAGGGAGCGGGAAAACUUUAGCUCUUCUAAAUAUGGGCAUCAAUGACCAUAUAAGGCAAUGCGAACGAAGGACACUAUCCUUGGGGAAUAUGUUUGAUAUGGUUACCAGGCUACACGCGUCCUUAUUGUUCCCGCCAAAAUGGCUCCAGGGUAGAAAUUCCAGUGUAUUUCGCGUGUUGAUAUUUUGUUCAGUUCCAGUGCUAAAAAUUACACUCUAACAGAAAAUGCUUUUAGAGUGAGAAAUGUUUACGUCAAAUUUAAUUUCUAUAUUCUCUGAAUCAGACCGCCUUAGACUUUUACGCCUGUAUCUAAAAUUGUAUUUUAGUAUAUAAUUAGUGUAUUUAUCAAAUUAAAGAUAAACGCCUUUGCCCUC